UUUCAUGUCAUGUGAUAAAACAAGGAACUAGAAAUGGAUAAACAUGAAAUGUACUCACAAUUAUAAUAUUUGAUCAAGACAGACACUUAAAACGAAUAUGUUUCAUUAUUAACACUAAACUGCCGUGGACCAGCUUUGUCUUCUCAAGAAGAAUAGAUGCAUAAAAAGCAUUUUGUCGUUCCACCCUACCUUUUAGCCAGGUAGCACUUUCUCCUCCGAAGUUUGCAAACUUCAACAAAGCUUGAGGAAAAUGACAACAUUCUUGGUUUAUAUUCUUAUGUUGCCGUUUGGACAUGCAACGUUACCUUUUGUCAUUAACACGUGGCCCUUUAAAGAUGCUACGUCCGCAGCGUGGAGCGUCCUGCAAGCCGGAGGGUCGAUACUGGACGCGGUGGAGCAGGGCUGUAGCCGCUGCGAGGUGGACCAGUGUGACGGCAGCGUAGGCUUUGGGGGAAGUCCAGACGAGAACGGAGAGACCACCCUGGACGCCAUGAUCAUGAACGGGGACACGAUGGAGGUUGGGGCUGUGGCGGACCUGAGGAGAAUCAAGAACGCGAUUGGAGUAGCCAGAGCUGUGAUGCAACACACUGAACACACAUUCCUAGUCGGAGAGUCAGCUUCGGUUUUUGCUGAGAAUAUGGGUUUCACAGCAGAAGACCUGACCACUAACAAAUCUCUUAGUAUUUUCACACAGUGGCUGAAGGACAACUGCCAACCCAAUUAUCGGAAGCAGAAUGUUCUUCCAGAUCCUUCGAAGAACUGUGGACCAUACAAGCCAAGAGCCAUGUUGAAGCAAAGAAAGAGCGAACGUCAAAUUGAUAUACAUGCUCAUGACACUAUUGGAAUGAUUGCGAUUGGUCAGGAUGGUCAUGUGGCAGCUGGAACAUCCACCAAUGGAGCAAACCACAAGAUCCCAGGUCGUGUUGGAGACUCGUCUGUAGCAGGAGCGGGCGCCUACGCUGACAGCACCGCAGGGGGCGCGGCUGCCACCGGAGAUGGAGACGUCAUGAUGCGCUUCCUGCCCAGGUUGGACCCGAUCUGCUCCAACACCUUACUCAUCCAGCACACGCACAGCAUGGAAACAACAAAUGUAACAAAAGUUGAGUUGGAUGGACUUCAUUUCCUGGCUGUGGAGCUGAUGAGGACUGGAGCAGACCCAUCCUCAGCCUGCAAGACAGCCAUCUCCAGGAUCAAGCGGUAUUACCCAGAAUUCUUUGGGGCCGUCAUCUGUGCCAACACAACUGGUCAUUAUGGUGCUGCUUGCAACAAGCUUCCUGGAUUCUCCAAAUUCUCCUUCAUGGUGUCAGACUCUCCAUCUAACGUACCAUUAUUGAAAUCUGUAGACUGUUUUUGAUUCAUUUUUUUUAUAUGUUGGGUUUAAUGCUACUUUCUACUAUCAAUUAUGUUAAUUGGAAAAUUUAAGAAUCAUCAGACUUGAUCUUUUGACAGCUAUCCUGAAGGUUUUCCAUCUAGAGAUUUAGAAAAAAGUGAUUAAAAGUUGUGAUCUACAAUUAAACUGAAUAAAUCUG